GCAUUUAUCAAGCUCUUUAAAUCUUUAUAAACUAGCAAAUCAAGAUAGAAAAUAGUCUUCUCAAUUUCAAAUAUGGCUUCUUCUUCUUCUUCUUCAUCUUCAUCUACUACUGCUUGGUUGUAUGAUGUUUUCUUGAGUUUUAAAGGAGAGACACGGAAAUCUUUUACUGAUCAUCUUUUUGAAGAUUUGCGUCAGGCUGAAGUUAACACCUUUCGAGAUGAUGAAGAAAUCCGAAAAGGUGGGAACAUCUCUGAUGAGCUAUUGAAGGCCAUCGAGGGGUCCAAGAUAUCCAUCAUCGUAUUUUUCAAAACUUAUGCCCAAUCCAAAUGGUGUCUUGUUGAACUGGUGAAGAUUUUAGACUGUAAGAAAAAUUUACAACAUAUGGUUCUGCCUAUAUUCUACAACGUUGAUCCUUCAGAGGUUCGUAAACAAACAGGCGAAUUUGGUAAGGCAUUGGCUCAACAUCGGCAACGAUUUGAUGAUCAAAAAGUUGAUGAGUGGAAAGUUGCACUCACUACUGUUGCGGAGUUGUCAGGAUGGGAUUUGCAAACCAUGACAAAUGGGUAUGAAUCAAAGUUUAUCAAAAACAUUACUAAAGAGGUACUUCGGGAAGUGAAUCGUACCUACAUGAAUGUUGCAAAGUAUCCUGUUGGAAUUGAAUCUCGUGUCAGAGAUAUACUUCAUUUAUUGCAAACUCAAAGACAUGAUGAUAUCAAGAUGUUUGGAAUUUUUGGCAUGGGUGGUGUGGGAAAAACAACCCUUGCUAAAGCCAUUUACAACUUGAGUUUUCAAAAAUUUGAAGGUUGCUGCUUUAUUGCAAACAUUAGAACACAAGUUUUGGAAGGGCACAAUGGUAUAGUUUGUUUGCAAGAGAAACUUCUUUGUAAAACACUCAAUACAGAGAAACUUAAAAUAGAUAAUGUUGAUGAAGGAAUAAAUUUGAUCAAAGAAAGACUGAGAUGAAAAAGCGUUCUAAUUAUCCUUGAUG